AUGGCCUCGAGAGAAGAGAAGAAGCGAGAAAUACAAGAACUGUUGAAGGAUCAAACUGUGGAAACAAUCUUUCUCACUGGGGAGGCUGGAGUAGGGAAAACAUGGAUUGCAGAACAGAUGAGUGAUUUUGCAAGCAGCAAGGGCUUGUCUUAUAUGACCUUUUGGGUGUUCCUGAAUCAACAACCUGAAAGCAUGUCUUUUUAUCGCGGCAAUUCUCUUUAUGAGAAUUUUGCCCGUCAGCUGUCUCUACUUCCCGAUUUUGAGGAUUGGGAAGAAGAUAAUGUCAGUAAGGAAGAGAAGCCAAAAGAGAAGGGAGAAAAAACAGAGGAAGAGAAGCGCCUGGAGAUGGAGAGGUUGAUAUCAAAUGCGCUUAAAGAAAAGAGAUCUGCAACGCCUGAUGAUAAGAAGUUUCUUCUCCUAAUUCUGGAUGGCGUUCCUGAUGACACAAGGAAGGAAGAUGACAUUCUGCAAUAUAUUAAAGCCACUCUUCUGCCAGAUAUAAAAGCCGCUCUACAACUGAAUGAGGAAAGUACUCCGUAUAAGGUUUUAAUCACUAGAAGAAAUGAGCCUGUGAAGGAAGCAAGUGAUCAGAACAAGGAAACGAAUGAAGUGACCGCGGAGACUAAUCAGAGCAAGGCAACGAAGAGAUCAGUGAUCAUCGAGAAGAUUGAACCCUUGACUGAGGAAGAGCGUUUGACUCUACUUAUGGAAAGAGUCAAUGAAAAGGUUAAGAAGAUUGCUGAUUUUGAAAAAUUUGCAGGAGAAAUUGCUAAAAAGAGCAAGGGUCUGCCAGCUGCAAUAGUGGUGAUCAUAGCAAAAGCCUUAAACCGCAUUGGAGGGCAGGAUUCCAAGACUCUGACAUUGGAAGGUGCUCUGAAAGAAGCAGCUGACGAUGUAAAUCCACUACUGCCCUUUGCAUAUGCCAUGUUACAAAUGAGUGAUAUGGUUUUGAUCAACUCCUGUUGCCAAAGCCGUCGGUUAUUUCUCAAACACGAAAGAGUUCAUUACCAUGAGCUGAUAGCUUUCUGGAUAUUGGAAGGAUGUGUGGGUGCCUUUGACCGUGUUGAGCAGGCCUAUGAAGAGGGACAUCGCGUUCUGAUGGAGCUUGUAGAUCUCCAUAUGCUGAAAAUCCCAUAUGAUAACAUUGUUGUCAUGGACAAAUUAGCACAUACAGUACUUCCUGAUGAUUGUGGCCGAGAUGGAUACGGAGGGUCGACGACGUCGAGUCUUGGACUGGCUAGCGUGCUUGAGGGUAGCGAUUGGCAAGGUUUCAGGAGAAUCACACAGGCGGGUGGUAUGAUAAAAACACCGUCCAAUAUGGAGGCGUCCCCUAUUGAGGCAAGAUGGAAAAAAGUAUGCACGCUACUCAUUGAUGGGAGGCGUCUCUACAGGGAAGUUCCUGACAUUUUCUUUAAACCAAUGCAGGGACUCCAGGUUCUUGUGAUUUUUAAUCCUACAUUCAGAUCACUGCCCUCAAGCUUGUCUAAAAUGGAUGAGCUUCGUCUGCUUGUGCUCAGGGGAUGUGAUCCGUUGGAGAACAUUGAUCCCAUCAAAGAACUCAAGUCAUUGAUAGUUCUGGAGAUAUCUGGUGCUGCCUCCUUGAAGAAUAUUCCGGACGAUUUUUUCCAGAAAUUGAGUAAACUUCGAAGCCUCAAACUCUCUGUAGACCAGAUCACAUCGCUACCUUCUAUCUCCCACCUGAGUGAACUCCGUUGGCUCAUCCUAAGCGGGUGCUCUAGCUUGAAAAAACUGCCAAAAAUAAAGACACUCACAAAGCUCGAGCUGAUUGAUCUCUCCGGUGCUACCGAAUUGGAAACAUUGGAAGGCAGAGCGUGGGUCGAACUUGUGAAUCUCCGAAUGCUUGACGUCUCCCGAACCAAGAUUUCCCGCUUGCCAAUCCUCGGCGAUAAGCUUGGAAUUCUUACUACACUCUCAUUAAGUGGCUGUAAACGCUUGGCGAGGCUGCCCAAACUAAAAGGCUUGUCCAACCUUCAAUUUCUUGAUCUUUCGGGCGCAGUUAUGCUAAAGGAAUUCCCAGAUGAUUCCUUGCAAGUUGACAGUAAGCUCAAGAUCCUUCAUCUCUCUCAAACUUUAAUCCCUAAUUUACCUUCCAAUUUCUACAGACUCUCUAAUCUCGAGUUGCUCGAUCUUUCUGGUGCCCCUAAUUUGGGGAAAUUGGACGAUAACUGCUUCCAAAAUCUGAGCAAAUGUCGUCACCUUGACCUCUCCAACACCAACAUUGAAAAUCUACCUUCAAUUUCCAAGCUCGGUAACCUUGAAGUUCUUAAUCUUUCUGGUUGCAGAGCGUUGACAAAUAUAGGAGAUGAUCAAUGUUUUGAGCAAAUGACUCGCCUUCAAUGCCUCGGCCUCUGUGAGAUAUCUAAGAUUGAGCGCCUGCCGUCCCUUUCCAAACUUGUCAACCUUCGUCAACUCUUACUAAAAAACUCUACCGGCCUAAAAGACCUUCAUUCUCUAGAAUCUAUGUCAAAGCUUGAGCAGCUCGAUUUAUCUGUAGAUGAACCUGGUGCAAGGUUUCCGGAAGGAACUACAGCUGAUUUCUUGAAUAAUAUGAUCCAGCUUCAGCUUCUCAACCUAUCAUGGACGGGUCUUAAGAUAUCUUCUCUAUCCAAUCUCACCAAUCUCACCAACCUCACCCAGUUGUCCCUUGGAGGUUGUUCACUCUUAGAAUCGGAGCCAAAUUUCGGCAACCAUACAAAGCUGGAGGUUCUGGAUCUUUCGGAGCCAAAGAUUACUUCUCUACCAUCCCUUGGAAAACUUAGCAGUCUCCGCGAGCUUAAGUUAAGAGGCUGUUCGGGCUUAGAGCAGCUGCCAGAUCUAAAAUUGCUGGUCCAUUUGGAGGUUCUUGAUCUGUGGGGGACCGGAAUCAAAGGGUUUCCCUAUGAGAUCUCAGAAUUGACUAGUUUAAAGCACCUUGAUCUGCCAGACAUGACGCAUAUUCCAAAGGUUGAUUGGGUGUUGAUAAACCGCCUACCGGAGGAGGUAAACUGGGUUGAAUGCGACAUCCUCAAGCAGUAUCGAGACGGGCCUUGCAUAUCUCUGAGUGCUACCGAACUUUCUACAAUUCUGAAGGGCUAUCUGAAGUUAGUGGAUCUCGGAAAAUUUCACAUCUCUGUUUCCCCUGAUAUUAAGAAGCAACGUAGUGGUGGAGAUAUCAUUUGGCACAGAGUUGACCGUUCCUUGAGAGACAUAUACCUGAAGCUUCUUUCUAUUCCGGAAGACCACGGUGGGUUUCUGGAAAUUGUUGGAUUUGAGAGUUUUCCUGCUGGUAUCGAGGGUGCCAUCGUAAAAGCCGAGUACAUUUCCUUGAUCGACAGCAAGUUCGUCAAAUCCUUAUCGGACUUGGCUGCGGGUUUGAAGGCAGUGAACGAGGGCGUGACGGCAAUGAAAGGCUGUAUGGUAGAGAGGUGCACCGAAAUGGAGACCAUUUUUGGCGGAGAAGAGACAGAAGUCAAAAUGAGGGACAAUCUAGAGAUUCUGAGGGCGACAAACCUUCCGAAGUUGAAGAGUGUCGUCUCCGUUGGGAAUGUGGAACAUGGAGGCUUUCAGAAACUUACAGAGUUAUAUCUGGAUUGUUGCCCAGCUCUGGAAAUUGUGUUUCCUUCAUCUCAGCUGCCAGAAAACCUUAAAAUCCUCGAAAUCAAAUUCUGUGAUAAAUUGAAGACUCUUUUUAAUCCUGAAGCAGAGACAAAAGGUAAACAACAGAAAUUGGAGAAACUGCAUCUCGUGGAACUGCCGGAGUUAACCAGCAUUGGAGUGCCUCCAGUUACGAAAUUAGUCAAACUCAGGAAUUGCCCGCAGAUGCACCACUUGGAAGAAUUUACAGAAAUAACAAUUCAAAGGUAUUGAGGUUGGUUGAGCUGCCAUCUCGGAUUACUGGAGUAUGUCUAUGUACGUGUGUGAGUUAG